AGAGAUUCUAACUAAAACUACUGUGUCAAAUGGCAUUUAACACUUAGCUUUUAAGCUUGAAGCAUUCUUUAUUUUUCAUCAGGCAAGCUGUAUUCCUAUCUAAAUGUGAAUCAGAGGCAGAACAAUACUGCUUGGAUUUCUGUGACUGUCUAGUAUUUUGUGGGUUUUUUUUCUUUUUGUAGAGAUUUCAGGCCAAAGGUGGUACCUUCUGAGUAGUCCCUUGUUCUGAAGUUCUGUUCCCAAGUUUACACUCUUAACCAGCAUAGCAUCAUCUUUAAUUUCCAUUUCUCGGUGUCCUUAGAGAAAGGCUUUUAGGAAACUAAAGACAAUUGUGGAGCAAUCUAAGUAAAGAAUGCUUCCAGAUUUUAUGAUUUUUGUCAAAACUUUGAGUCGUCUCCCUCACACAUACUUUAAUAGCAAUUUUUAUUAGCUAUUCAAUUGCAUUAAAUCCUUCCAGAGCGUUUUCAUGAAAACAAGUUUUCCAGUUUAUAUUUCAUCAGUUUAUGAAAUACUGAGUCAAAUUAUGCAAUUCAAACUGUACAUGUAGAAAGUAUAACAUUUGGGACCAAAUUAUGGAUGUAACUGAUUAUUGGAAUAAAUCGAUUUGGGAAGGAACAUGACUGUUCUUUGACAACCCAACUUGUGGGAUCACAAAUACGCAUGCGCAGCUUUUGCGUCAUUACGGGCCGCCCUGCAGCCACUCCCUCAGAGCGAGGCCGCCAAAAUGGCGGUUAGCACCUCAUAUUUUGCCGACAGUGAGGCUGCCACCAUGGAGUCACCCCCGCUGCGGGUGGCAGUGGUGUGCUUAAGUAACCAGAACCGCAGCAUGGAGGCACACUACAUCCUCAAAAAACGAGGUUUUAACGUCCGUUCCUUUGGCACAGGAACCCACGUGAAGCUUAUUGGACCAUCACCCAACAAGCCAAACAUUUAUGAUUUCAAAACCACAUAUGAGAAGAUGUACAAUGAUCUCCAUAAAAAAGAUCAUGAUUUCUAUACAUAUAAUGGCAUCUUACAUAUGCUGGAUAGAAACAGGAGAAUCAAGCCCCAGCCAGAGAGGUUCCAGGAAUGCAGAGAUCAGUUUGACCUGAUCUUCACCUGUGAAGAGCAAGUAUAUGACCGAGUUGUGGAAGAAAUGUAUUCUAGAGAGCAAGAGACCUGCCAGCCAGUGCACGUGAUCAACAUAGACAUCAAGGACAACCCAGAAGACGCCACCCUGGGGGCAUUCCUCAUCUGCGAGAUGUGCCAGUGCUUCCUGUACACAGACGAUAUGGAGAAUGACAUGGAUUUGCUGCUGCAGGACUUCGAGAGGAGGAAAGGCCGGUCCUUCCUCCAUACUGUCUGCUUCUACUGAAGGUAUUCUGCCCGUGGAUGAAAGCAGUAACCAAUCAACUGUACGACUGAAAUGAGAAGAUACACGUAGCUGCCGGAUUAAGGACCAUCAACUUUUUACUAUCCCACUUUUACUUUUCGUGUUAUUUAUGAAGUUUUUCUUCUUUGACCAAUAAAUAAAAUAAGUUCAUAGUG